AUGGUUCGCAUCUCCGUACUCAACGACUGUUUGAACAAUAUCGUCAAUGCCGAACGCCGUGGCAAGCGGCAGGUGCUCAUCCGGCCGUCGUCCAAGGUAGUGGUCAAGUUUCUCAGCGUCAUGCAGAGACAUGGCUACAUCGGUGAAUUCGAGAUCAUCGAUGACCAUCGCUCUGGCAAAAUUGUGAUCCAACUUAAUGGACGGCUGAACAAGACGGGUGUGAUCUCUCCCCGGUACAACGUGAAGCACAACGAGAUUGAGAGCUGGGUCAAUUUGUUGUUGCCUGCUCGUGGGUUUGGAAUCAUCAUUCUCACCACGUCUGGUGGUAUUAUGGACCACGAAGAGGCGCGUCGCAAAAAUAUUGGUGGAAAGCUCUUGGGAUAUGUGUACUAG